AUGGCGGAGCCCCCUCCAGCUGAACCAGCGGCAACAGCCGAGGCGGCAGCACCGGAGGCCGCGGAGGUGCCAGAGGUGGCGGCGCCGGAGGUGACGGAGGUCGCCAGCACCACCACUCCACCUGCGCAGGAGGAGGAGCCGGAGGUGGUGCUGGGAAGGUGUCUUCUGCCAAGUCCAGCGAAGGUCCCGCUCCCCCGCCUCUUCGCCAAGAGCCAGCAGGCACAGGAGGAGCUAGAGGCAGGGAUCCGCCGGGAAUGGGAGAGGCUGGAGGCUGAGCGCCACCGGCUCCUCGACUGGGAGCAGCGCCUGGGGGACCGCAUCAAGUCCGUCUCCGCCCACUAUGCCGAUGAGCGGGCGAAGCUCGUGCUGGAGCGCGAACUCCUGCAGGAGCAGUUGCAGCAGGCUCUCGACCGGGAGGCGGCAGCUGCCCAACGGGAGAGAGCGGCUGCGCGGCGGGAGAAGCAUGCCCUCGAGUGGGAGCUCCUGGUGGAGAUGAGGGUGCAGGCGGCGGCGGACAGGGAGGCAACCGCCCUGGAGCUGGCCAACCAGGCCAAGAAGGUGGUGGAGAUGACCAAGGCGCAGGAAGCCACCCUUGCAGAACUGGAGGCAGCCGCGGUGGAGAGAGAGCGCAGGCUCGCCGCCCGCAAAGCAGAGGAGGUGACCCGGCUCGAGGAGCUCCAGGAGCGGGAGGCGGCCGUGGAGAAGGAACUGGCGGCCGGGACCCGGAGGCUUCGGGAGCUCGAGGUGGCCCUCCACGAAAUGGAGGCCAAGGUGGAGGAGUUCCAGGCGGAGCGGAGCGCCAGCAUCGGCCGGAUUGUAAGGUGGGCCGGUGAGGUGAACUCCUCCCUGGGAGCUCUUGGAGCAAGCCCCAUUUGGGUGGCGGAGGCUCCUUCUUCACUUGGUGUCGCCCUCCAGGUGCUGGACUCCAUUGCCGAGCGACUACAAGGCCUGGAGUCCGGCAUGCUCGACCUAUUGGAAACAGAAGGGCGAGCAGUUGCCCGGGGGACGGCAGAGUAUAUCCUUACCUGCUUCCGGAGCCACGACCCCACCAUCCAACUAACUCCCAUCCUGUUUGGUCCUAUCCGGGCGACGGCGGCCGCCGCACAGGAGGGAGUGCAAGAGGUGGCAGACAUGGUGGUGUCCCGCAUCUGA